AUGGCGCCCUCGAAGGAGGCUGCCCAAAGUGGCUAUGUGAUCGAGAAGGUCGCGGAAGACAAGCCGGCUGCGCAGGCCGGCGUAGAGCCGGGCUGGACUGUCAAGCGGGUCGCCAGUACGGAUUGCCAAGGCCUUGCCUCCGCCGCGGUGCAGGCCUUGCUGAAAGACGCGGCUUUGCCAGUCGAGGUGCAGUUCGAAAAGCCAGAGGAGGAGCCUUGGAUUGCAGAAGGCAUCACGUGCGUCAGUGAACUUAACACGGUCUAUGCCGAGUGCUAA